AUGAUAUCAAGAAGUUCCAAAAUUUUUUAUCGAAAUUUAGCCACUGAGGCAUCAUCAACAACAACUACUAAAAUAAAACCAAAAAAAAGAACUAUAUUUACUGAUGAAUUAAAUAAAGGUCCUUCAUUUGAUGAUUUUGUAAGUGGAAAAGCAAAAGAUAUGUUAGAUCCUUUAGAAUUGGCAAGAAAAGAUCCAAAUGUAAAAUUACCAAAAUGGUUAAAAGUCCCUAUACCAAAAGGUAAAUCUUUCCAUCAAGUUAAAAAUGAUGUACGAGAAUUAAAAUUAGCUACAGUUUGUGAAGAAGCAAAAUGUCCCAAUAUUGGUGAAUGUUGGGGUGGUAAAAAAUCAGAAGCAACUGCAACUAUAAUGUUAUUAGGUGAUACAUGUACAAGAGGUUGUAGAUUUUGUUCAGUUAAAACAAAUAGGAAACCGAGUGCUCCUGAUCCAAUGGAACCCGAAAAUACUGCUGAAGCUAUAUCUAGAUGGGGUUUAGGUUAUGUAGUAUUAACUACUGUUGAUAGAGAUGAUUUAAUUGAUGGUGGUGCCUCUCAUUUAGCUGAAACUGUUAAAAGAAUUAAACUCAAAGCUCCUCAGAUAUUAGUUGAAGUUUUAGGUGGUGAUUUUAGAGGUGAUUUAAAUUCAGUUGAAGUAUUAGCAAAUUCUGGUUUAGAUGUUUAUGCACAUAAUUUAGAAACUGUUGAAGAUUUAACUCCUCAUAUAAGAGAUCGUCGUGCAACUUAUAAACAAUCAUUGAGUGUAUUACAAAAAGCAAAAGAAACAAAAUCAACUUUAAUUACUAAAACUUCAUUAAUGUUAGGUUUUGGUGAAACUGAUGAGCAAAUAUUACAAACCUUAAAAGAUCUUCGAGAGAUCAAAUGUGAUGUUGUUACAUUUGGUCAAUAUAUGAGACCUACAAAAAGACAUAUGAAAGUGGUUGAGUAUAUUAAACCUGAAAAAUUUGAUUAUUGGAAAAAUGUAGCUUUAAAUAUGGGAUUUUUGUACGUUGCAAGUGGUCCAUUGGUUAGAUCUUCUUAUAAAGCAGGUGAAGCAUUUAUAGAGAAUGUUUUGAAGAAGAGAAGACAUAAUGUAGGAGAAACUCCAAGAUUGCAACAAGAAAUAAAACCGAGUUUAUAUCUGUAA